AUGGGGGACUCCAGCCUCCUGUGCCACCCAGCCCCCGAGGGCUGCUGCUUGGAGCUGCACGAAACCGUGGCUGUCCUGCUGGCUUUGAUCCUGGUGGUGCAACUGGCCCUCAAGCUGACCACUGUGAUCUGCUAUUACAUCUGCUGCUUCGUGGGGGGCUUGUGCAGAGCUCUCACUGCCAAAGGAUCCGAAAAGCCUCCUGUUCUCGUCCGCCCAGUGAAGAAAGCGCACCACCGAAAGCCACCAAUACAAUACUCAGAGGAGGAUCUCCCCCGCCGGCGGCACCGCAGAAGCAGAUCGCCGCAACGCCGGUGUCUCCAGUGCACCCUGGAGCCGGUCAAGCUCACCAUGAACUUGGAAGGCGGCCACUUCCGAUGCCGGGAGCACCAGCAGAUGCGCCGACGCUCGUGUGCUGAUUAUCCACCCUGCGGCUCACCCCGUUAUUACAGCUGUGACUGUGAGAACCGGCACCGGGCCCGGACCUCCUCGGCCCCCUCAGCCUAUCCCAUCCCCCAUUACCGGGACGUGGCCUGCGGGACCUCCGACCUGAUCGUAAACGUCCCUGCUGAUGCUGAGCGCCGGAAUGUCGGGAUAGCCACGGAACCGUAUCCGCGGACCCCGGUGGCGGAGACCCAGCGUCGCUCCAUGGUCACUGGCCAGGAUGCAGACUACCCACCCGCCGGGCAGCAUUCCCGUCGUCCCGCCAGAGUGUACAUCUACCCGGUCCACCCUCAGACCCCACCAGGGAGUCGGUCGCCCAGCCCCGAAAGGGCCCACCGGCGACGGGCCGUCAGCCAGGACGAGCAGGCCGAUUACGAAGCCCGCGAGCAGCGCCACCGGGCACGGGAACCGGAGGCACUGGCACCCGCAACGCCACAGCAGCAGGUCGCAACCGGGGGGCCACCCCGGUUCCAUAACGUGGUCAGCAGCAUCAUGCAAACAGGGGCGACACCAGCUGAACCGGGGGGAGCCAACACAAAGCAGCGGCAGCCACGGGCCGAAACCCCACCAGGCUCCGACUGGGUCUACCGCCCCCUGAAAUAA